AUGCCCACAACCUGUCAAUCUGGGGAACUUCCCCAAGACCUGGAAACUUCCGCAUGCUGCGUCACUGGUCGGCCAAAGUUUAACUCGCGCAAUACCUCGGACCGGCUGCGAGAGGGCGCCGGGCUGUACCUUCCAGCCCUGCUUCAGAAGAGUGUCGGUAUUUCGAAGCACAAGGUGUCUGCAUUCAAGGAGCUGGGUCUCGAUGACAUGGGACCUUCUGCUGCCCAGCUACAACAAUGCUGA